AUGGGAUCAAAUGAUAACACCAAAAUUGAACCAAAUGGAAACGCCACAACAGGAUCAAAUAGUAGCGAGACCACCCCCAACCUCGCCUUCAUACCACCCCCCUUUCAACAUGCAAUCGUCGCCGAGGCAGGAGACCGCAUCAUCAUCCGCGACGACGUCCCCCUCCCCGUCCUCGACAUCCAUGAAUUCCUGGUGCGGACUGAUGCCUGGGCCAUCAACCCCAGCGACACCAAGAUGCGCGGCGACUUCGUCACGCCCGGCGCCAUGCUCGGCUGUGACUACGCCGGCACGGUUGUUGCUCGCGGGCCAGGCGUCACCGACUCGGUGAUCAAGAUUGGUGACCGGGUCUGUGGCGCCCAGUACGAAAUGAACGCGAAGAGACCGUACCGCGCCGCCUUUGGCGAGUUCAACAUUCCCACCGGACCGUUCUGGCUCAAGUUGCCGGAUGAGGUCAGCACCGAGGGCGGCGCCACGUUGAGCGCGGGCCUCGGUACCGCUGGGCUGGCUUUGCGGCUUCUUGGUUUCGAAUUGCCAUUUGACUUUGAGCUUGACCUUGACUCUGAUCUAGGUCUAGGUCAGGAUCAGAGUCAAGGUCAAGGUCCAGACGGCCAGACAUUAGACACCGAUCGAGACGGUCACGGUCACACCCCUACCUCUGUGCAGAAGAAGCAAAUACAAAAGCAGAAGCCGGCCUACGUUCUCGUCUACGGCGGCGGGACUGCCACCGCGACCAUUGCCAUCCAGCUACUCAAACUUAUCGACAUGAUCCCCAUCACCGCCUGCUCACCUGUCCAUGCGGAACGGCUGAAAUCCUACGGGGCCGAGACGACGUUUGACUACCAUGAGCCAGAUUGUGCGAAUCAGAUAAAAACCUACACGAAAAACAACCUCCGCUACGCUCUCGACUGCAUCACCACUAUCGAAUCUACCACGUUCUGCUUCAAAGCCCUCGGCCGCGCCGGCGGCAAAUACGUCUCACUAGACCCGUUCACCGCCAGCGCCGCCACCCGCGCCACCGUCAAGACCGACUGGGUGCUGGGCCCGUCUCUCUUCGGCGAGGGCUGCGUGUGGCCCGACCCGUAUGCGCGGCCGCCGAGUCCUGAGCUGCUGGUCUACGGGACGAGGCUGUGGGCGUGGGCUCAGCGGUUGUUGGAUGGGGGUAGGCUGGCUCAUCAUCCGGUGAGGGUGCUGGAGGCCGAGGCCGAGGCCGGCGGUGGUGGUGGCUUGGAUAAGGUGCUGGUGGGGAUGGAAAUGGUGGCCAAGCGUGAACUUAGGGGGGAGAAAUGUGUGGUGAAAUUGAAGAGAACUUAG